UCCCUUAGCUGGAACCCUCCCGUGUCGGCCUCAUCAGUCAUCACACCGCCCUGCGCUGCGCCUAUAAGGCUGUCCUAUAGCCAGCCAGCCCGUUGCUUCGUCCGUCACUCACCCCUCCUCAUCAGGCAGACGCCGCCCUGCUUCGCGUAGGCUCCUCCGCACAGCACAGGCACAGGCACAACCCACAGCGAGCGAGAGAGAGGGGAAGAGACAGAGCCAGCCAGGUAAAAGGCCAAAGCACAGCACAUUAAAAGAAAGGCCGGAAGCAGCAGCAGAGCGGAGAGAGAGGGGGUGAAGCAUAUAUGGCGAUGCCCUCUGCCUCCCUGUCUCCGGCAGCCGACCACCGCCCCUCCUCGCUCCUCCCCUUCUGCCGCUCCUAUCCUCUCUCCGCGGUGGGGGAGGACGCGCAGCAGCAGCAGCACACGAUGAGCGGGGGGUGGGCGGCGGCGGCGAGGCCGGCGCCCUUCACGGCGGCGCAGUACGAGGAGCUUGAGCAGCAGGCGCUUAUAUACAAGUACCUCGUCGCCGGCGUGCCCGUCCCGCUGGACCUCCUCCUCCCUAUUCGCCGCGGUUUCGUCUACCACCAACCUGCCCUUGGGUACGGGCCCUACUUCGGCAAGAAGGUGGACCCGGAGCCCGGGCGGUGCCGGCGUACGGACGGCAAGAAGUGGCGGUGCUCCAAGGAGGCCGCCCCGGACUCCAAGUACUGCGAGCGCCACAUGCACCGCGGCCGCAACCGUUCAAGAAAGCCUGUGGAAGCGCAGCUCGUCGCCCCACCGCACUCCCUGCAGCCCCCCGCGCUCGCCAACCCCGCCGGCGGCUUCCAGAACCACUCGCUGUACCCGGCGAUCGCUAGCAACUGUGGCGGCGGAGGUGGUGGUGGAGGUGGCACCGCGACUGGCACGUUCAGCUUGGGGUCCACUGCUCAGCUGCACCUGAACAAUCCUGUUCCUUAUGCGACUGCUGGUGGUGGAGGGAGCAAAGAUCUCAGGCCUUCUGCAUUUGGAAUGAGAUAUAAUCACUUUUCUGGAGCCAUGGAUACCCCGAUGGACAACUCGUGGCGCCAGCUGCCGUCUCAAACCUCUACAUUUGAAGUUUCAAGCUACCCUCUGUAUGGCACACUGGGUGGCCUGGACGAGAACACCAUCUGCUCGCUGCCGAAGACGGAGAGGGAGUUGCUCUCUUUCUUUGGGAACGACUUUGUGACUGUCAACUCCGCGAAGCAGGAGAACCAGACGCUACGCCCCUUCUUUGACGAGUGGCCGAAGUCGAGUGAGCUGGCCGACGACAGCAGCCUCAGCUCCUUCUCUGCCACCCAGCUCUCGAUCUCCAUUCCGAUGGCAACCUCUGACUUCAACACCAACUCCCGAUCGUCGAACGGCACACAAUCCCGAUGAGUGAGUACCAUGCGGAUCCCAAUGUCUGAGCUGACGACUGCUUGUAUCUGGCCUCACCAUAUCGUGAGGCGUCAACAAAUACUCUACUACCACUACUAUGCUCCUCUAGUUUUUCGAACAAUAUGCUUCGGUAAUUUAUUCAUCUAUUUCCUUCAUCCUAUCGGAAUUGUAUGAAGUCGAUUCUCGGCAUGGUACCGUUGUUUGACCUUUAAUAUUAAAAGCUCCGUUUCCUAUACUCCA